AUGUAUCCCGUAUCACGCCGGGCGGACACAUUAGUCUCGUCUGCUCGUGCUGAUGAGUUACAGUGGGGUUCACGUGGCGGGUCCCGGCGGCGUUCGUCGCAGACGGCGCCCGCGACAGCCGCUCUUCUUGCUACCUUCGAUACUAGUGUACAACAGAUACGAGACUGGGUGUCAGCUGAGGUUGAAAUGUUGAGGGCACAAGCUGUGGUGGUCGGCGACGUCGACGAGAUACUGUCGCAGCUUGACAAGCAAAAGGGUGUGUUGCGUGAGUUGGAACAGAAGAAACCUCAACUGGACGAGCUGCUACAUACGGCUGAGAGUCUCAAGGGUACAGAAAACAGACAGCAGCUACAUGGAAAAGAAUCCCACCAAACGUUUGGGAAACAGUCGUGCCGGGGUCAGCGGCCUCAAAUGGCCACGUUUGAAUCCCGUUCGGAUCAAAUUAUAUUUGUAAUUUGA